AUGUCCGUUCGGAUCAUACAGAAAGAACCGCACCCCACAGGCAUAACAGGCCGUACUGUUUUUGGAACUCUCAACUUUCUGACUGGUCGUAGUCGGCCUCUACCAGACAGUCCAAAACCAUCCAGUCGUCGAAGAUGGGAGUCUUUAGGCUUGCCGGCCAAUCACAGAUCGAAAAGCAACUACCAGCCACCACCCAUAACCCCAUCUCUACCAAAACGAGAGCGCGCUAUCAGUCCGUCUCCUCACAACAAGAAAGAUCUACUUUUCCAUGACCAAGAUCAGUCGCCGUUACUCAGUCUCCCAAAAGAGGUAUUGGAUCUGAUAUGCGAGCAUGCUAUUGGAAAUCGACUCGUCCAUAUCAUGAGAAGGCCGAAUGACGGCCUUGGCCAUGAGGUCUGCAAGCUGGGGAAUGAAAGCAGCCCCACAGCAUGCAAGGAACAGCAAUGUCGUGGUGUCAAGCUGGCUACUGGGCGAUAUACAAAGUCAAGUCAGCCUGGAGAAAACUUCGUUGCUCUGCUGCAGACUUGUCGGAAACUCUACGUCGCCGCAACUCGUAUACUCUACGAAACUACCAUCUUCGAUUUUGAUAGCUUGGAAAGUCUCAUCACGCUCUCCACUUCUACCCUUCCCCACCGCUUCGACAGCAUCCAACAUCUCUCUUUCGAUUUCCGCUUCGCCACUUCUCACCACUUCAAAGAGGGUUCGCCUUCCAGUGACUGGGCACGAUGGGAACGUACUUGGAGGGUCAUUGGUAGUAUGAAAGGUCUGAAGACUUUGCGAGCCAGGAUCGAAUGGCAUAAGGAAGAUGCAGGCGUGGUGACAGAAAGAAGAUGGUUGGAUGAGCUGAUUCAGGUUACGGGUUUGCAGGUGUUUGAGUUGGAGCUACCGGGGCUUAGAAAGGCGGAAAAAAUCGUUGAUGAAGGUUUUAGAAGAGCGCAUGGCGAGUGGGAAUUUCAUGUUAGUAGGAGAGAGGGUAUGGCUUGA